UGAAAUAUUUUAAUAAAUUCUAAAUUGUUUAUUUACAGACACUUGGGAAAUAUAUCUCAUGUUUUAUAAGUUAAAUCAGAUGCCCUUUUUCAAUGUGCAUCUUCGAAGACUUCAUACAGCAUUCGUAAUUUUCCUCAGAUUUUCGAAUUUUGGCGACUUUGGCGCUGAAUGAAAUGCCUCAAAGCAACCCUAGCAUACACGACGUCACCAGAGAAUUAUUACGACCAUGAGUACGAGUACGAGUAAUCCUCAGCGUAAAAAUGUUUGCAAUGUGUACUUGAAAGCGUGAUCAUAUAGGAAAGGGUCUUCUAUCCAGAGAAUUCAAAAUUUUUUAACACCGACUUUCUUCUGUUAUUUGAAAGAUCCGUAUUAGUCAUUCUUCUCAAAGCAAUAACAUGCUCAGUAAUAUGAAACAUCAUGAAUGACAGACACAUCUGCUGCAUAUCAGGUUCUUUUAUAAUAUAUGCAAUCUGCACGAAAAUGAGGAGAACUUCUGUAUCUCGUUUCUUGGUCAGCUGAUCGAGAAAAUUUAAAUUGCAUUUUAUUGUCAGAGAUUGUUAAAGGAUCUUUUUAUUAAACUAGAAUUUGGAAGUAUGCUUCUCUUCUUUCGGUUUUCUGGAACUGCAUGCAGUUGCUGUGAAUGAGAAGCUUUAUAAAAUGGAUUUGUAGAUAGUGAAUGAAAAAAUCAAUUUUGUUGAUAUGGCACAUAGUUUAAUGGUGUGUACAGUGGAUGUUCACCAGCUUGCAGCUAUUGUAAGAAAUCAUAUUGAUAAUGCAUUAAUACUUGACAGUCGUUCUUUUCUUGAAUACAAUGCCUCUCAUGUUGUUAAUGCUAUAAAUGUUGGCUGUGCUAAACUUAUGAAAAGACGCCUACAGCAAGAAAAGAUAAGCAUUGAAGACUUUUUGGCUCAAAACUGCCACUGGGAAGUUGAUAGAAGCAUUGAUAUAAUUGUUUAUGAUCAGAAUACUCGAGAUGCCAAAUGCCUUCUCCCUGACAGUUUCAUGGCGGUUUUCCUUCAAAAACUUUUACCUGUCUACAAUAGUGUAAACAUUUUAAAAGGUGGAUUCCUUGAAUUUCAAGCCGCCUAUCCUCAUCUUUGUGAAGAUGAAAGAACAAAAUAUGCACCUUUAACUUCAUUAUCUCAGCCUUGCCUCCCAGUUACUAAUCAUGGACCCACUAAGAUUUUGCCAUUUCUGUACUUGGGUUCACAACAUGAUGCACUCAAUCAAGAAAUUCUUCAACAUUACAAUAUUACAUACCAACUAAAUGUGAGUACAACCUGCCCCAAACCUGAUUUUAUUCAAGAGUCUCAUUUCUUAAGAAUACCUGUGAUUGAUAAUUACAGUGAGAAACUGCUACCUCAUUUCCCUAAAGCCUUUCAGUUCCUUGAUAAAGUUAAAGAAUCUGGUGGAAGCGUUCUUGUGCAUUGCUUAGCUGGGAUAUCAAGGUCUGCUACAGUUGCAAUAGCUUAUGUUAUGAAGACCCUUAAAAUGAGCUCAGAUGACGCUUACAGGUAUGUGAAGGCAAAAAGGGCUACAAUAUCUCCAAAUUUUAAUUUUCUUGGUCAGCUGUUGGAGUAUGAAAAACAGUUGCUACGAGAAUGUGUUUUGGAUUUUAAAUCUCAAUCUGCUACCAUACCUAUGUUUAAUUCUUCUAGUCCGUCAUUUGAACAAAACUGUAAAAAUAAGCCAGUUUCUCAUAAAAUGAUAGACACCACCAUCAUGUGUUCACAGCAGCUAGAUCGUGAUUGUAUCGUGAAGUACACUGAUUUAGCUGAGUUGACGUUUCCUAAAGGGAUUUCACAGUCUAUGGAGACUGUAAAAACAAAACAAUGUAAUUCUGCUUUUGAAAAAAGAACAUAUAAGAAUGGAGAUGUUUGUAACUAUGUUUCAAAUAAGGAGUCUGGAACUUUUAGCAUAAAAUGUUUAGCUGUUUCUUCUUUGAAGGAAUUAAACUUUACUCCUUGUCAGACUUCUGCAUUUAAGACAUCACAGUGCUUGAAGGGUGAUAAAAACAGUGUAAAGGCUCCUAAAGUGCCGAGUUAUGUUAGUUUGCCAAAUAAAAUGGAAAGUUCAAAUUUUGCAAAUUCAUAUCCAUGCCUUAAGUUAGAUAAGAAGAUGGAUUCUUCUGAUAAUGAAAUCCUCCUUUCAGAAUGUAAAAUGGAAACUCUGCGAAAUCUGAGUUCUCUUUCACCAGAUUAUCAUUCUGCAGAUCUGAAAUCUUUUGAAUUUGAUUCCAAAUCCUAUAACAGAUCAGAUUCAGUUAGUACAUCGGGAUUGGGCAGUGAGGGAUCUGAUUGUGCUGAUAGUUGGAAUGAGUAUACUAGUUCCUGUGAACGUGAAACUGAUAUUUUGAUGGAUGAUGAUUUCUCGACAGUGCCUGCUGAAGAUGAUGAAUAUCAGAGGAAUAAGAUCCUUGGUUUCGAUGAUUCUUAUGAAGAUUCUUUGUCUUUGUACCCAAAGUAUGAGCCUCAAUUCAAUAAUCGAUGUACACAUGUAGAAAAGUAUUCCCAUGCUGCUUCAGGAGGAAUUGAUAAACAAUUCAGCAUCAGAUGUGGAGACACUUCAAAGUAUUCUGCUGAAAAUGGAGUCUUAAAGUCUGUGCAGAAUUCUGAAUAUGAAAAAGAACUCAGAGGAGCACAUAUAUUGUAUCGAGCACAAUCUUGUCCAGGUAUGCUUAGUUCAGAAUCUUCACCAGAAGUAUCAGGCACAGAUAAAUUACCGGAAAAUAACAAUGUCAAACUCAGGAAGACAAGGCCUGCAAAGUCAAGCAAAGAUAAAUGUCGGAAUCGAUACAGUUGUAGUAGCAUUGAUUAUAUGGACUAUUCCCUGAGUACAGGUUUGUCUCAUGAAUCUUGUCCUGAUGUCUUACAUUUUUCAUCAAGGUCAGAAAGUUCACCAAUACCUUCUUCUCAUUGUAAUUAUCGUCAUAGCAUGAUACAAGUAUCAUGAUUCAUUCCAUUGAAAGUUCCUUAUGUGUUGUGAAAGAUGAUCAGAAUAGGAGAGGCACAAAAGCACAAAUUUUUAUAAUGUUUUGCACUUGCUUCAGAUAUUUUAUAUGAGCUCAAACUCUAAAGAUAUAUAGAAGCUUCAUAACUAAAUAGUAUCAUAAUGAUUAGAAUGAUCAACCAUCUCUAUUCUAAUUGUAUAAAUAAAGAAACGAGUACAAAAAUUGCAAAUUAACAGAUUUUGUUAAAAUAUGCAGAUAGUUUUAAUCAGUAGUUAACUCUAAGAUUGACAAAGCUUUUUGGAUCUAUACAUGAAGCUUUGUAUUUAUCACUUAGAUAAUUGCACGUUUUUCUUUUCGUAUUUUCAAACUAUUCAAACUAUACAAAUGAUUAUAAGUCGCUGAAGGCUAUAAGAGAGCAAAGUAUUUUAGGAACAGAAUGAUAUACAUAAAAUGGGAGCAAAUCUUAUAAUCUGUUAAAGAGCCACCAAGCCACUUAGAGUGGUAAUUAAUUGUAAAUAUGACAGUAAAAUUUUAAAGCAUAAAUUUUUCUUCUUGUAUUCUAUUCUUCCAUACUGCAUAUUGACAAUUGUUGAUAAUUGCCAUAAUUAUAAGAUAUUUUCAAUAUUGUAAAAAAUUAACAAUCAGUUAAAUCUGAGCUAUAUCAGUUAAAAAAUUUUAAACAUGUUGAAUAUAUGUGCAUUAUAUUUGUAUUUAUAAUGUUGUUUUUGGCAAAAAUGUGGUAGUUGAUUUUUUUAUUUAAUAAUUUGGCAAUUGUUCAGGCUAUCAUGAUGCAAAGCUAACCUGGAAGGUACUGACUAUGUAUAUAUAUAUAUCUAAUAAUUUACUCCAUUAAGCUAUAUUACCAAAACCAUUUUAUUGCUAAAAUCAUUACAACAAAGUUCAUGCACCAUAAGAAAAGAAAUUUAUAACUAUAUCAUUGAAUUGUAUCUUUGUUAUAUUUUAUACAGUUUCUGUAUUAGUACUUUGUUGUCUCUACAGAAUCGUCAAUGAAUUUAUUUUUAAUUAAUUGGUUGUUGUAUUAUAGUAAACCUAUAAUAAACUUCUUUCUCAUUGUCAUUUUUAUCCUGACAUUCUGUUCUAUUAUACCAUUUAUCAAAUUUAAUCUGUUGAAAUCAAAGCAGAAUGUAAAUUCUAAGAUGUAAUAUAACAUAUGGAUAGCAUUUGUUUACUUUCAGACAUUUAUGCAUGUAACUGGCGCCUGAACAAUCUAAAAAUUUUAUGUUGUUAAGUAAAACAAAGGCUAUCUAAAUGUUGUACAAGUUUCUAAAUAAAUGUUUAAUUGAAAGAAAUACAGAAAAAGAAAAAAGUAAAUCAGUCACAUCACAUUUUUCUUGUGUUCUCAGGUUAGCUUUGUUAUGAUUUCACUAGCAAUUAAAUUUUUUCACAUAUAAUUAAAAGUUAGAUUUCAUGCACCAAAUUUUAAAUAUUUUUAUAUAGCAUUUUCCCUGAUCUUAUUGCAGAUUUUUUUGCUUUGCAUGCAAAAUGUAUUUUAUUUAUCUAUUUUGGAACAGAGUGCGUAUGUAUGUAAAUAUAUACAUAUAUGGCAGUCUUGGUAGAGGUAAACUUAAGAGGCGUGAUUGGUAAAUUAUCUUCAUACUUUAAUGUUUUUGUUUCUAAAAUACUAUGCACUUUGCAAUAAAUAAUAUAUAUGCUGCAUUAAUUAAACUGUCUUUUUAAAAGAAGCUCUUCAGGAAACCAUUUGUUGAUGUUGUGACCGUAUAUCAAAACAGAAUUUGUAACAAAUGGUGAUUUUCAGCCUUGUAUUGAAUUUAUUAAAACAUUUUUUCUGGAGGUGCACUUAAUGUUUCUGAUGUUAAAAUUAAGACCAAUAUAACAAUGCAAACCACUAUUUAUCUAAGGUUAAUUUAAAACGUUUAAUUCAUAACUCUCAGAUUUAUAUGUAAUUGUAAUUUUUACAAUGAAAUAUAAGCAAAUCAGUGUGUGUCAUUUUACUGCUUAUAUUUCACUGUGAUUAUGUAUUGCUUAUGUUUCAGUAUGUUUUAAAUUAACCAUUUCAGUGUGAUUGCAUUUAUGUCUUGGAAUCAUUUUCUGGGAGACACAUAAUAGUUAUGUUAUGAUUCUGAGUAAAUAUAGAAGAAAUAUAAUAAUUCUAAUUCUUCAGCAGAUCUGUUAUAUCACCUCAAUGGUAUUUUCUUAUUUGUCUAAAGUUAAAUGAAGCAUGCAAAUUAAAGUUAUGAUAUUUAUUUUAUGAAUUAAAUAAUUAGGCAGCUUAAUUUUAUUGAUUUCAUAUAUUUCAUUUCUGUAUCCUAACCAUGUACCAAUAGCAAGCAUAUAAAUUAUAAAAAUAUUAAAUGGCUUUUUGUGUAUCGAGUUUUUAUCAUUUGACAAUUUUAAUUUAUAUUCAGUUAUUUAAAUUAAGGCAAACUGUGAAAGCUGUUUGCCUAAUCAGAGGAAUUUAAUUUGCUAAACUCGAUCCCAUUUUUGAUGACAUGAUUAAACUCGAGAUUUUGUUUUGUUUAUUUUAUUUUAUUUGAUUAUGGCAAAGCAUGCGAGGGCCAUUUGCCUUAACCCAAGGAAUGGUGCACUUUUUACCCAAUCACUGAUUGAGGUGACUUGGCUUCUUAGAUUUGACUUCCCACAUAUUGCAAAAACUUUGUAAUUACAAAGUUGUCCAUCUUAUAGAGUCAAAGGCUCCCGAGAUAAAGAAGGAGACCACAACCACAUGGAAUUCAGAUUUUUGUGAGCCGGUAAUAUUGGCAAGAUCAAAAAGAGCAUUUUUCGUAAAACAGCCUGGUGGAAAUCCGUAUUGUUUUGUAGAUACAAAAUCAUUCUUUAAUAAAAAUAGUACACUCUAUUUGUAAGUAACUUAUCCAAAACUUUUUCACAAAAUCUUAACAAAGAGAGCAUUACCUCUUUAGGGUAAUGCUUUUCAGCUUCAGGAAUGCUUUCAUGCUUCAGGAAAUUUAUAUCUAGUGCACCAAUAUGGAAUUGUUACCUGUAAGGCCCCCUCAACCCCCCAAAAAAGAAAAUCUGUUUUUAUAUUGCUUGUAUCAUGUACCAGGCUUGCACCAGAUUGCUGUAAAUCACAUUAAGGUAGAGGGCAAACCUUGAGAAUUCAUAUUUUUUCCCCCUUUGUAAUUGUAUUAUUAUUGUGCAGUAAAAUGUUUUUGUUUUACCAGAUCUAGUUAGUUUGAAGUAUGCAGGAAACAUAAGGUAGCUACAAUAUAGUUUAGUCUAAGAGCUUUGGGCCCACUAGUGGCUGACUGGUUAAAAAGCAUUUAGUUCAACCUGGGUUCGAGUCCCAGUGAAUGGGCUCACUACAUGUGUGUUUUUAUGUUUAAUGUGAAUAUAAACCUGCCCCUUAGAGUAAGUCCUUCAUGAAAACACAUACCUUCUUUUCCAGGCAAAUAACCCUUUUGUGUUUUGCCUCAACCAGCUAACCUGAAAACUUUGAGAAGAAUAAGAAAAGAAUGUAAUUUGUAGCUCUUGGGGAAACGUGCCAUAUAAAAUGAAAAUCUCAUGUAGUAUGUUGUUAAAAGAGCUUUUGUCAUUGAAAUUUUCUGUUAAUUAUUUAUAUGCAUUAUAUCCAAUUUAAAGAAAAAGUCUUUUGUAGUGAAAUUGUUUAUGUCAUAAUAUCUAGCUGCUAAAUUUAAAAGGUUAAUUAAUGUCAUAAUGCAUGCUAUAAAUUAAUACCUACCUAAUGGAUGUAUAGUUAUUAGAAAUUAAAUAGAAUUUCAUUUUAUUUUUUCACAUUUUAUGUAAAUGCAGAGUUAUAUUACAUAUUAGCCAGACCAGCAACCAUACCAACAAAUAAUUUUUUGAUUGUUAGCUCUGCUAAUAAUUAGGAUGGCUGCAGCUAUUAAUGUUGGUUAAUUAUUCAUAAUGCCCAAAUGCUUUGUUCUUAAAGUUCAGUUCUUUGCAGAUUGUUUGCAGUAGUUUUCCAUGUGGUUGUAGAAGAAUUCAUACAGUAAUGUAUGAAGGGAAGAUAGAUAUGAAAUCACUAUUUCUAUGUAUUAAAAUUAUACAUUUUAGAUAAUUAUUUUUGUAUUAUAAGUAUAUUAUUUGGUGUAAUUACUUACUCCUUAAUAUAAAUUUAAAUUUUAAAGAAUAUGGGCUUAUUGAAAAUUAUUCAAUUCUGAUAAUUCUAAUAAUGAUUCUUAUUAUCAAUUCUGAUAUUUUAAAAGUGAUAAUAAUUUGUCUAAUGUUGCUAAUUAUCAAAUUUGCCAUAUUUCUGACAACUCAUCUUUCUAAAGUGCAAAAAUACUCAUUGUAUCUACUGAUUUUUUUUAAUGUCUUUGUUUUGUCUCAAUGAAUGUGGACAAAUUCCACUAUAGGAGCUGGUCUCCAUGGUUGAUUUGCUAUUUGUGUUAAUCAAACGAUUUCUUCUAAAGAAAUUGUAACAAAGUACAAAACUUGGUUAAAAUUUGACUAAUGUUAGCUGAAUAGUGUGCUUAACAUUUUAAUUUGUAAAAAGUGUUCUUGGAUAUUCCGGAAAUCUGUGGUGUGUUGUUUUUUGUUAGCUGAUGUUUUAGGAUUUUGACUGAGGGCUUGUUAUUUUUUGUCACAGAUUUGCUAGACUGUCUAUUAAGUUUUAUGUAUUAUUAUCAAUAUUCCAUCCUUUCUCUUUGAAACAGAAAAUUGUAAUAUUUGUUAUAACUAUAUCUUUUAAAAAAAGACAUUGAAUGAAGUAAUGUUUUUUUAAAAUUAUUAUUAUUACUUCUGUAUUCAGUCCACUUUAAAAAAUUGAGUAUCUAUCUUAAAAAGUAGCAUUUCCUCAAAUUGUGAAUUUUUUAUCAGUGGACAAAAUAGUGUAUUUGAAUAUAUAGGAAAAAUGGCAUGGUGUCUUGCUAAAAUAUAGAAGUUAUAUGGCAGAAAGUAAGAUGUUUGAGGCCCCAAGAGAAAAAGGUCUUUCUUUAAAUAUGCCUAUCAGAAUAUUGUGACAAGAGAUGAAAAAUUAAACAACAUGACAUACAGUUGCUGCUCUGUGAAGCACAACCCAAUAAAAAGUACUGAAAUGUUGUGGAGAAAAGAAUUCUAAUCAGUGUUAUGAUAUGUGGCUCAUAUUUAUGUAUUAUUAUCAAUAUUCCAUCCUUUCUCUUUGAAACAGAAAAUUGUAAUAUUUGUUAUUACUAUAUCUUUUAAAAAAAGACUUUGAAUGAAGUAAUGUUUUUUUUUUUAAAUUAUUAUUAUUACUUCUGUAUUCAGUCCACUUUAAAAAAUUGAGUAUCUAUGUUAAAAAGUAGCAUUUCCUCAAAUUGUGAAUUUUUUCUUGUCUAACUAAAUCUUGUCUGAUUUUUUUCCAGUUUAAUGAUUUUCCAGAUCCAUUAGUAAACUUUUUGAUUUUAAGUUUGUAUAGUGUAGGCUAAAUAUGAUUUUUACUUAACUGGUUUGCAGAAUUUUAGUUAACUGUUUUGCGGAGUGAACAGACAGAAAAAAUAAAACUUUGCAGAAGGUGGAACUUAUUUCAAAAAGUAAUUCAUUACAAUCAUAUUCCUCACAAAUGGUCCAUUCAUUGCUUUUAAACUGUAAUUUAUAUAUAUAUAUAUAUAUAUAUAUAUACAUACAGAUAUAUAUAUAUAUAUACAUACAGAAGCAAGCCUUAAGAUGAAUACUGGAAAAAACAUAUAACUAUUCUUCAUAUCAUUAAAAUUAUAUAAGCAAAAAAAAAAAAAAAAAAAAAAAAAGCUGAUCACUUUGAUUUAAAAAAAAGUAACUUAUUUCACAGUUAUUAAAAAAUCAACAACAUUAAUUUUUCCAUAAGUAAAAUAUAAAUGGAUUAUUUUAUGAUGCAAAAUAGUAAUUUUGGUAUAUGCCUGCAAAAAUAAUGAACACUAAAAUAUCUAAGAAAUUACCUUGAAAUAUAUUUUCUUAAUGAAUUACACCAAUUAAACAAUUAAAGUUAGCUUUAUUUCAAGCUAUAUUAAUAUGCCACUACAGUAGUUGCAUCAAAAAUUUUAAUAAAUUAUUUAAUCCUUAAUUGAUAAGUGGCCAUAUCUGAAACUGUUCCAUUUAUAAAGCUUCUGCAUCUAUUAGUAUGCUGAUAGAAAUUAAAAUCCCAAAAAACAAAAUCGGUUUAGAGGAAUAAAAUGUAGGCAAAGAAUUUGUCUAGGUAACAUAUGUAUUUGAUUUAUGUUUCAAGAUCACAAGUUAAACUAUGCAUGCAAAGAGCCAUUUUAAAUAUAAAAUUGUGGUACCUUAAUAAUUGCUGUAGUUGCUACUAUAUUGAAUGGAAGCAUGUAAACACAUAAGCAUUGUGUUUUAUAGGUGCCAUAUGUCAUUUCAUGGAAUAGAAUUCCAUGCCUGUUGCACUUGGUCAGUCAAAUCAGCAAUUGUCCUUGCUGGUUGUGGAUAAUACUGGUUUUGUCAUCCAGUCAUGUCCCAUACAUGCUUGAUGGAAAAAAAGAUUAAGUGAUUUUGCAGGCCAAAGACCCAUUUCGACACUUUGUAUAACACAUUGGGUAGUAGCAGCAGUAGAAAGUGUUAUACUUUUGGAACACAUCGUGUAUAAUAUUACUCUAGAAUGGCAGCACAACUGGUGAUUACAUCAGUCUGAUGUUCAAAUUUGCUGUCAAGGUGUGUGGGAUAAUGAUGAGUGCUACCACUGUCAUAGGUAAUUGUUCCCCAGACCAUAACCCUUGGUGUAUGUCAAUCGUGUCUGUGCUGCAGACAGCUUGGUUCCAAGCACUUCCCAGGCAUUUUUCUAACCAACAUACAACCAUCACUAGCAUUAAGAUAGAAACAACUCUCGCCCUUCAAUGAGCUUACCACUGAAGUCAUAAAUGGUGGUGUAGUAGCGUGGCUGCCACUGAGUGUCUGUAUUGGAACUGUUUCCCAAGUAAUCAAUUUGUUCGCUCGGUUGCUCUGGUGCCAGCAAAAGCUCAGAUGUGUGCUGCAGAUGCAGUGAGAUGUGCUACAGAUAUGUGGUGAAUACGGUGGUUUUCUCUUUGAGUGAUCGCGUGUGUGUGGCAGGACCCAGGCCUUCUUGAAACAGUACCUUUCCAUGAUCGCUGCUGCCAACAUUUAUGUACAAUACUCCUUACUUAAUUGAUUAGGGGCAGAAAGGCAUGUUUCUGCAAUAUUGCAAAAAAUCCACCUACAUAUAGUUCUGUUACACGGCCUCGUUCAAACUCAAUAAACUACUGAUGCUACCUUCUUUGUUUCCUUUUCAAGGCAUUUUUUAUUCAGAUCUCGCUCACAGUGCUUAGUCUGGAAGAUCAAUAAAGCACACAAAGUUACAUCACAUAUUUAAGGCAGACGUGGGAUUGCAUGUUCAUAUUGACGCUACUAGGGUCACACUAAUUCGUUUACCAUGAAAAACUUGUAUAGACGUUAUCCAUCAGAUGUGCAAACAUGCCUUGGGAUUUCAUUUUCCUUUAAGUGUAUAUAAGCAAUGAAGAAAUUUUUAAGUUUAUUUGUAACAAAGUUUAAUUUGUUGGCAAAGUUGUAAUAAAUUUUAUUAGUAUUCCUUUUUUAGAACUGUAGUAUCACAAUGGCAAAUGUAUGUUGAGAAACCUUUCAUGUACUGAAAGGUUACAUACCUAGUUAAGGGUUAAAAAAAAAAAAAAAGAGACAAUCUAAUACAUACCAACUAAAAUUAUGUUAUAUUGUGAGAAACUUUGCCAGUGAACUUACUGUAUUACAUUGAUAGUAUUUUAGAAGAGAAUAUCUGAAAUUGAGAAUUUAUAGUUAUUUAUAAAAUUAAGUGGUUUUCAUGUCACUUCAUAUUUUUUCUUUUCUUCAUUUCGUUAUAAAUCCGAUUUCAUUUAUGCUGUAGUUAUAUUAAUUUUUGUCCUACUUUUUGAAAUCUUCGAUCCAAGAGUGAUUUUAAUAGUUCAUAAUCCUUAUAGAAAUUCAAAUUUAACCUUUUUUUCAUGCAAUUGCAUAUUUUCUUUAUUUUAUGCAUAAUGUAUUAAAAUAUUAACAUUAUUUUUAAAAGUAAUAUUUGUAAAAUUGAGAGUUUAGUAUUAUUAUUUAUAAAAUUAGAUUUUGGUAUAGAUUAUUAGAAAAGAACCUUUUAACAUGGCACUUCUUCAUUUAAUUUGGAUAAAUAGUUUUCUAUUUGAUAUCACUACACUCAUGUAAUCUAAAUUAUUUGUGUGAGAAUUGACUUUUGAUUGCAGUUACCCCAAUAGCACAUUAUCUAGCAUAUUUCGUGGAAAUGAGGCAUCUUAAAAACUGAAAUUAUUGAUGCAGUUAUCCAUAUCAUGUGUAAAUAUUUUGGCCAGUUAUUUAACGCCUUGUAUUUUUUCUGCAAUGCACAAUAUUUUUUUAAUUGUAAUCUGUGUGGAGAAAUAUCCCUCUUCAGAAGUAUUCUAAUUAUAUGUCUGUUUGGCAUUUUAAAAAUGCUAUAAAGUUUUGGGGAAAUGCUCUUUUAAAUAUAUUCUUGGAAAUAUUUAAAACUAUAUCAAACAUGCCUAAAUUUCUCUGUUGUGAAUUUCAUCAACACAUAAAUUCCUUUAUAAUAUUUUAAAUCAGCUAACAGGUGAAUUUCCUAAAUCAGUGCAGGGAAAAGUUGAGUUUCUCUAUAAUUACCUAAUUAGUGAUAUUUUUUGGGUUAUGUGUAAUGUGUGAAUAAAGUUUGAAUGCAAGAAGUUCUGCUACUUUCUGGAUUGUGUGUACUUGGAAGUUUCAUUUUCUGGGUUAUGUGUAAUGUGCGAAUAUAUUUUAAAUGUAAUCAAGAAAAAUGUUAAUAUUCCCAGAGCUUGGGAUACUGAUUGUAUGUGAUGGAAUGCCAAAGCUUAUAUCAUGAGAGAAUAACUUUUGUAUUGCUUUUGUGAAUUCUGUAUUUAUUGGCAUGAAUGAAACUAGUAUAUUUUGUAUGUUAUUGUAAGCACUUAAUGAUUAAGUUCUUAAUUAUAUUUCACUUUACUUAUUUUAUCGCUUAUGAUUAUACAUGUAUAAAUAGGCAAGAUAAAACUGUUCAAGUGAUGUAAAGGUUUUACGCGCUGUUGUACAUCUUAAUAAAUGUUGAUGAGAAUUACUGAAA